UACGAUGAAAAUAAAUGACACGUGUUCUGAAACUGCAGCUGCAACCGCAAAGAUUGUUGAUAAAUCUCAUUAACAAUUCGAUGUUAAAAAUCAGAAUGGCAAGGCAAAUAUCUUUUGUAUGCGCAGCAAGCGAGCGCUCUUCCCGAUCGCACGAUGCAAAUAACAUGUGCCUACGUCUAAAUAGACAAAUCGUUACGCAAUUCGCGUAAAGCAAUUGCCUCGACAAGUACAAGCGGAUAAUGAUAUUUGUAAUUGGAUUAGAUCAGGCGUAAACGACAGUUUAUUGAUUAAUUGCACUGCGCGGUGCAAAGGAUGCUGAAGACAUCGCUGUCAGUCGACCACCACGUCCAGCUACGAUGAAGGACAUACUUCUAGUAGUUUUGCUUCACCUGUGCUGGAAUUCUCUCCCGGAAGUGUGUUCCUCGAGGUAAAUGACUUCGUACUCCUUUAAACGUCAUUUUCGCCUCAUUACGCACAGCGCGACAAAACGACGCGGCGUCAUUUCGUCUUUUCUCGCUUUCGAAAAACGAUGAAGAAAAACGUGUGUAAGUAAUUCCGCACUUGAAGUAGAGAAAAGAAAGUCCCAAGAGUGAUUUGGUUUUGACACACAAUACACAAAAUUGUAGCAAUUUCUUAUUAUAAUGUAAAUUUGUACUACUUUAUUUUUAUUUAAUUAAUUAUUUUUGAAAUUUUGUGUUUGCAGAGUGUCUACUCCCUGGAAAAACAUAAAAAAUCUAGAAUUUUCAGGGAUUUCUAUUGUACUUGAAAAAAUCAAGGAAUUCUCGUGGAAUUUUAUUGAGACUCGGGGAAUUCUUUGAAAAAAUUUUUUCUUUGAUAAUUCUGUUCUUAUAUUGUAGGCAACCGGUAAUCCGUUGAUAUAAGAAAUUGUUACAAUUUUAUGUAUAAAUAAUUAAUAAUUUUUGAAAUCAGAUAACGGUGCUUAAGUAAAUGUUGUUUGACCUUGUUUGCUUCACAACCUGAACGUGCUCUUAUUUAUACUUAUCUCUAUUAUUUAUUAAUUUAUUUUAAAAACACGUAUGUGCAUGUAGGUACUUAAACUUUCGUAAGCUUCUUGUGAAAAGAUAAAUUUUGUAACUUAUCAUUUUCCUCUGUUUUUCAACAGAUAACAAACAUCUGUCUGCAAAUAGAGACCUAACUCGCUCGCUAACGACUUCUUUCUUUCUCGCGCGACCAAAUAAGUGUUACCUAACCAGAAAGAUAAACAUCGCGAUUCCAUCUCGAUAGCGGGUACAAAAUCGUAUUGGAGUAGAAAUAUUUUUCCAUUUAAUUUUUUUUCGAGAAUUUUCAAUGAGUUAAAUAUGUAAUACGAUAAUUUAAAUGACUAUAAUGAAUGCCGACACACAAUGACGAAUCAGCAAAUUGAGUUAACACAACGUUAACAAAAAAUUUUAAUAACAUAGCAUUUUUUUUCAGCUCGUUCAACGAGGAUGUCAAUAAUUGCACUAUGACGUCGAGACUAAUUCUACCAGAACGUUACGUCAAAGAAAUUAGACCGCCGUCAGAAAAGGGUGCGCCUGUAGUGGUAGACUUCAACAUUUUAGUAGUUGACAUUAAUUCCAUCAACGUUGAAGAUAUGGAUUUCCGUGUGGACAUGUUCGUCAGUCAGAGCUGGAUAGAAUCUCGAUUUGACAUGUCUCAGAAUAUUUUUGAGGAAGACGACGAUUAUGUCAUACUUCCGUCAGAAUUCUUCGACAAUCUUUGGCAACCUGAUCCGUAUUUUUUGAAUUCGAAGGUUUCUGAGAUUGCAACUUUGAACCACAAGUUUUCGCUAGUCACAUUAUACCGGAAUAAAACUAUCAAGUAUUCUGCACGAAUUAACGCCAUUGUCGCCUGUCAGAUGGAAUUCCAAUUGUAUCCAAUGGAUAUUCAAAUCUGUCCAAUUUACAUAGAGAGCUUUUCCUACAAUCGGAAGAAGUUGCGAUUAAAAUGGGGUGCGGGUGGUGUUACUGUGAAUCCCGAAUUGAAGCUCUUGCAAUAUGACAUCGGGAAGCCUGCAGUGCUCGAAGAGACCAUAGAUUAUAUGCUCGAAAAGAAUGGAAAUUUUUCGCGACUAGUGUUUUUUUUUCGUUUCGAGAGACAGAUCGGCCACCACUUGAUACAGACAUUCGCGCCCUCGACUCUGGUAGUGAUGCUCUCCUGGUUCAGCUUCUGGCUGGGCUUGGACGCGAUUCCUGGUCGAGUGGCUCUUCUGGUCACAAGUAUGCUUACACUGGUGACGAUGUUCACCGGACUCAAGAGCGACAUUCCGCCAGUGGCAUACAUCAAAGCACUGGAUGUCUGGAUGGCUGGCUGCAUGAUGUUCGUAUUUGCGGCUUUGGGUGAAUUCGUCGUCGUCAAGGUGCUCGACUUGCGACACGCAGAGAAUGAUUCGCAAAGUUCUACGGGAUUUCGUUCGUUUUCGCGAUUGACGACGAUAGAUAAAGGACGGAGCAUCUGGGACGACGAGUUCAUUUACACGACUAAAUCGAAAAAUAAGCGAACUGGUGGUCGUCAUCUGCUGCCAACCCUUUGGACGCCAGAUCCUGAAUGUCAGACGACGCAGACGCGUAAAACGCGCUCUCAGAAAAUAGAUUGCUAUAGCAGAAUUGUGUUUCCUAUACUCUUUCUACUUUUUGUUGUUUUAUACUGGCCGAUAGUAUUGCUUAAAAAAGCGCCGUAAUAAAACAAAAAAUGUGAAUUU